AGGCGGUGGUGAAUUAAACGUCGUCAGCCAUUUUUCUAUAAUCGGAUAAAAGAAGCAUCGUCUCCGUUUUUAAUCUUACAUUUCUUACGUGAACUUUUAAUUUUAGUGUUUAGUUGAAUUUAAAAAAAAAGAGAAAACAUAAGAUUGAAGUAGUGAAAGAUAUUUAUUUAAUGAAUAAAGACUGAUUAAAACAGCAUUUUUGUAAAUUUAAGUUUCAAAUUUGUGAAAACACAGGAAAAUCCCCAGCCCAGAAAAAGAAACACAAUUAAACGUAGCCAUGGAUAUCGCUACGAAAACCCAACGAGAAUGUGAAGAACGCGUUGCCGAGGAGUAUCUAUCCAGUCUGUCGGAUUUAAAUUGCAACAGCAAACCGCUUAUAAACAUGCUAACCAUGUUGGCCGAAGAAAAUAUCGAAUAUGCCCCAGUUAUUGUAAAAGUCGUUGAACAACAUAUAGCAAAGGUUCCACCAGAAUUUAAAUUGCCCAUAUUGUAUUUAAUCGAUUCAAUUGUUAAAAAUGUCAAAGGCACAUAUGUGCAACUGUUCAGCCAAUGUAUUGUCAGCUUAUUUUGUGGAGUUUUUGAAAAGGUCAAUGAAAAGAUCAGAGAAAGAAUGUAUGCCCUGAGGCAAACAUGGAAUGAAGUAUUUUCAGACCAAAAACUCUAUGCCUUGGAUGUCAAGGUAAAGAGAUUGGACAACAAUUGGCCCAUCACAGCAAAACAGCCGUCGAUACACGUUAAUCCAAAUUUUUUAAAAACCGCAAAUCAAGCCAUACCCACAGAAAUGGAGAAAAUUCUACAGGAUAAAACUAGAGAAUUGUUGGAGUUAAAGAAACGUAAACUUGAAUUGGAGCUAGAAGCCACCAAAAAACAUUUGGAAGAGCAGGAAAAACAGUUUUCCAAAACUGCAGAGGGUGUCUUACCACCUGUUGAUGCCUUGGUUGUGGCCAAUGCCUUGCAAACGGUUGGUAUAAGGCCACCUGCCAAUGCCUCCAUUGCGGGCCAAGUUAUGCCAGGAGUUAUGGCUCCCGGUUUUAUGGCAACCCCCGGUGUGGCCAUUAAUCCUCUAAGGCCACCCAUGUAUCAUCACAAUUUCCGAGGUUUACGACCAAACCUACACCAUCCCGGCAUGAUAAAUGAACCAACACAACAGAAUGUUCCUCCCAUGGUGAAUAUGCCCACAGUUGCUGCUGGAAAUAAUGCCAAUAAACCCCGCGUUCAUCCCGUCAAUUCGGCAUUGAUAAGUUCAGUGCGUCAACGUGAUCCACGUUUGUUGCGUCAACAACAACAGCAGCAGCAACAACAGCAACAGCAAUCUAACCAACAGCCGCCUACUGCUGCCAACGUUCCCUCAACAGCAUCAUCACAUGGCGAACAGCAAUCCGACACAAAGUCAAAUAAUCGCAAUGAUCGAGGCCACAAAAGUAGUCGCAGCAAAUCACCCACAAGAUCAAGCUCAUCCAAUUCCACAAGUGGCAGUCGCUCUUCCUCGACUCGCUCUUCCAGCAAAAGUUCCAGUCGUGAUAAGGAAAGAGAUCGCAAACGUUCCGAUUCCAAAGGUUCAUCAUCAUCUUCCUCCACCUCAUCCAAUGUUGAGCGCAAAAAGUCAUCAUAUGCUUCAUCCUACGGCAAAUCAGACAAAUCAUCAUCAUCAUCCACAAAAUGUGAUAAAGACGCGUUUGAAAUUGCCCCGCUAUCGAGUGCAUUCAAAAGGAAAUCAUCAUCUCCCAGUUCCUCACCGAGUAAAUCACGUGAUUCGAAACGUUCGAAUAAAUCCUCUCGUUCGGGACGUAGUAAAACUAGUUCACGCAGUCCUUCACCCGAAUCGGCAGCUGAAAGUUAUAAAGAUAGUGGAUCCCACAGCCGUAGAAUGUCCACAACAUCAUCAUCAUCGUCAAUGUUGGCUUCAUCGCCGGAAAAACAACGUUUACCCAAAAUCACCGAUAUGGAAACGACGGAUAUUGGCGGCGAGGAUGUAAAAACCAGCAUUGUAGACACAACAACAGCUACAGCUGCUGCUGCUGCUGCUUCGUCUGCAAAUAAUACAGACAAAACGUUUUUGCCGUUGUCUCCGUCGUUGUCGUCGUCUUUGCAAACGACGGAAGUCUCCACUGCUACAGGUUGUUUGAUGGAUAUAGAUUUGAGGCCCCAACUAUUGUUACAGCAACAGCAACACACUUCCUCUUUAGAUCCAAAAUCAUUGACCAAGACCAACUUUAUUAGGAAUCUUGAGGAUAUUUCUUGUGCGCCAAAUAAUGCUAGAAAUCUAGCGAUGUCGUCAUCAUCAUCAUCCUUAGCGAUAACAACAACAAAACCAACAACAACAAAAGUUUGUUUCAAAAUUCAAAAAAAUGUUAAUAAAUUAGAAAAAUCUACAGAAAAACUACUCUCCGAUGACCAUUCAUCCUCAUCAUCAUCAUCGCCAGCGGCUAUGGAAAGCAAAAUGGAGCCGAAGGAAAGCAAACCGGAGCACACUAAAAUGGAAACAACAGGUAGUGGUGGUUCAGUGGAUGGUCAAGUAAGUAAAGAUCAUCAUUCAGAGGAAGAUGUCAAAAAACGACCCCUGGCUCCAAUAAAAGAUGAGGAACCCCUGGCCAAAAAGAGUAAACCAACAAAACUUGAUAAUUUAUUUGGCUCCGAGGAUGUAGAUUUGAGACAACUAAUGCCACCCAUUAGCGGCGGAAAUACAGCCGAAGAAACAGCUCCACCACCUCCCUCGUUUAGUGUGACAAAUGAAACCAAUGAAAAUUGGGACAAUGUCAAGACUGAUGGCAGUUCUAAACCAACCUCUAACAUUAAGAAGUCUAGUCUAGAUGAUGUCAGGGCCAAAUUGGCCAAAACUGCCAAGUUGAAUAAAAUGCUGAAACUUGAUAAAUCAAAUCGUGACUUGGAACAACGCAACAAAUUGGCCGAACUGCAAAUGAACGAAGACACCCAGGAGGCAAAUGAUGAAAAGAUACGCACCAUGAUUGCCCAGGCCCAAGAGCUAUUGGAAUCGAAAUCGAUUAAUCAAGAUCAGUACAAAAAUCUGGUCAAAACGGUGAUGUCCAUUAAUGAGGACAACAAACUGAAGGAGGCCAAGCGACGUGAAUCGCUCAACACGUUCAAGGAUAAAAUCAUUGGCAACGAUGACAACGCCAGCAAUGAUUCGGAACGUAAUGCCGCCCGCGAUGCAGUCCUAAGGAAACGUAUACCAAAAAUAAGCAAGACCACGGCAGGAAGUGAUUCCCCUGUAAGCAGUGGAGAGGGUAAUUUAGAUGAACCUAUGCGUCUGGUGGAUGAUAAACAUAACACCGACUCCAAUGAGGAACAGAAUAUGCGUGCUGCUGGAAACAAUCGCAGGGAUAAACGUGGAAACAAGACCUCAAAAUGGGGUGAUAGGGUGAUUGAACCUCCUAAUGCCAAUGCCAUGAUGCCAGGUGGUGUGGGUCCAAUGCAACAGCAACGACCUUGGAAUAAUAUGAUGGUACCAAAUAAACGAGGUGGGCCGCCUGGAGGUUCCAUGGGUUUCCGGCCUAAUAUGCCGCCCAAUAAUCGGCCACCAUGGCCCAUGGGCGGUGGCGGUAGUGGUGGCGGGCUUGGCAAUAACAUGCCCCAACACUUUGGAAAAGGAGGUAAUAACAAUCCCAUGGUUGGUCCCAUGCGUGGCAUGCCUCCAAUGGCCGGUUCUGGCUCUGUUAUACCUCCCCCGAUGAUGCCCAAACCCUGCAAUUCCAUCGAUAAUCCCCAGGAAGAUAUUGUCCGCACCAUUACAAUUGAUGGCUGCGCCAAGGAGAUACGUUUCUACGAUGACAUAGCCAUUGUCUUUAUGGAGGUGGAUCAGCCACGUGAAAUUGGUUUUCAAAAUGGCCAGCGUACCAUAUUCAUUGACAACCAUGAGCCGAUUACCCUGCAAUUCAAUCACGACUAUAAACCCGUGACCAUUGAUGGUGAAACCUUGAAUUUACGUUUCGGCUCUCCCUCCCGCGAACUGUUCAUCGAUGAACAUUGGUAUGAAAUCUACUUUGGUGGUCCACCCAUCACCGUGCCCAUACGCAAUAAAAUGCAUAUGCUCAAGGCCGAAGGACCACCGCCCCAGGUCAACAUUGGGCCACUGCGCAGGGAUUUGGUGGUGGGAAAAAUCAACAUGAUUGUCGAUGCUCACAAUGUUAUACCGCUCUUUUUGGAUGCUCGCAUACAAAGUUUCCGCCUGGGCGAGGUGGAACAUACAGUGCAAUUUGCUGAUAAUCUUUUAACUGUUCUCCUAGAUGGAGCUCCCACCCGUGUAGAAUAUGGUGGCUUACCAAAAAGCCUAUACCUGGGGGCAAAUAAAUACUUCAUACGUUUUGGAGCAUUGCCACAGGGUGUCGUUGCAGGAAAAGUACAAAUUAAGAAUAUGAUAUAUGUGGAAACCAAACCUCCGGUUAGCGGUGAAAUUAUGGCCAGCACCAACACUAAUCCCCUGACAACUGAGGCGGCCAUGAGCCAGCAAGCCGAGCUACAGAAACCAGCAGAGCCCACGGUGCCCAUACUGCCAGCUGCGGCCUUGAGUAAUUUAAACAUUGAUGAAUUGUUCCAGAAACUGGUGUCCACCGGUAUCCUGGGAGGGGCAAGUGGUAUACUUCCUGCUCUUAAUACAAACAGCAGCACUACGACAGCCACACCAGCUGCAAGCAGUUCUUCUACAACGGAAACAGCUGCCACCGGUAAAGUAGCCACCACGACGAACACCACAGAAACUGAAGAAGCCUCUGCCGCCAUUCCACCAUCCUCUCAACCCCCAAUGGAAGCUAGUAAACCCAUAGAUCUGUCCAAGCCUGAAUCGAUAAAAACACGACAAGCAGCCAUUGUCAAUACCCUGUUUUCGGGCAUGCAAUGCAGCAGCUGUGGUGUCCGUUUCCCACCCGAACAAACCAUAAAAUAUAGCCAACAUUUAGAUUGGCAUUUCCGGCAAAAUCGGCGUGAACGUGACUCCUCACGCAAAGCGCAUGCCCGCAAAUGGUAUUAUGAGCUAAACGAUUGGAUACAAUACGAAGAGAUCGAGGAUUUGGAUGAGCGAGAAAAGAAUUUCUUUGAAACGCCCCAAACCGAUGUGGAAAUAAUGGAUGAAACUUCCAAUCAACGUUCCACCAAUUCACCCAUACAAAGUUGCCCCGCCGGUCCGGAUGAUGUUGAUCGGGCAUGUGAUAUGUGUCAAGAGCGGUUUGAGCAAUUCUACAACGAAGAAUUGGAAGAAUGGCAUUUACGUUGUGCCAUCCGGGUGGAAGAUAAAAUCUAUCAUCCGUUGUGUUAUGAGGACUAUAAGGCAUCUUUGAAUCCCCCAACGCCGCCGCCCAAAGAAAUGGAAACCAACGAGGAGGAAGAUGUUGCCGAGGAACCCUCUUUAAUACAAAUCGAUGAUGACAAUGCUGUCGAUAUUGUCAUAAAGGUUGAAGAGGACGAUAGCAAAGAAAAAAAUCCCACAACAUCGAAACACGACGAUGAUGAUGACGAUGUCAUUGUUUUGCCCAACGAAGAACCAUCCGUUACGGAGAUUGAUGAUGACGACGAUGAAUAUGUGCCGGCAAAUGUGACACGUGAACAAAUGGGUAAUAUUCACGAAGAUGACGAUGGCGAACUAAAUGAAACAACAGAAUCUGAUGUUGAAAUACAAGAGCCCCAUAUACCCUUUACUGAUUUGGAUACGUACGUGGAGAAAGAGUUACCCGAACCUGAGGCAGGUGUGGGCUUUAUGAAUAUCAAAAUCAAACAAGAACCCAAUGCGGAUGAGGAAGACGAAGAUGAUGGGUUUGAGGAUGUGGGCACCGUGUUGAUUGCCCCCGAGGAGAUUUCCAUACACAGUAGUGAAGAAACCCAGACACAAACCAUUGAAUCGUCAACAUCAGCCCUGUCUCCGGGUCAACAGGAACGGCCCGCCUCCACGCCUUCGGUUGUGAAUGAAGACACGGAAACCACAACGGACAAUCCACCGGCCACAGAUUUAAAUAUUUCCAUGGAUGGCAAUAUGGAAACUGGCGAUGAACAUAACCUCUCUGCCGUUGGCUUAGCUCCUACAAUGCCCUUGGCUAGUUUAGUUAAUAAGAUCAAAAUAAAUAUUACCAAGAACAGUGUAAAUCCCAAUAGCACCGGUGGUAGUAGUAAUAGCUCAGCCUCAAAUCAUAAUUCUAAAAAUUAUUUGGGUAGUGAACAAUCAAAGGGUAAUUUAGGUGGUGGUAGUAGUACUUCGACAUCAUCCUCCACUGCUGCAGCAACGUCCACAUUCAAUCACAUACCAACAAUAUCAACCAUACCAGUUUUGUGCGGUGGCGGAACAACAAUUUGUAGCACACAAUCCUCUGUGGUUGGUGGUGGGUCCAUGUUGUUUGAGGAGCACUCUAAUCCAAUACCCUCCAUUGCCAGUGAGAACAGUGUAAGUACCAUAUCUGUAAUAGGCAGUAUUUACGGCAAUAAUGGUCCCACGGCAACUGUAAGUCGAACCAUACCCCAGGCCAAUGUUGUUGUGCCCGCCGCCAAACAACCACCACCACCUGCCAAAACACCCACACCGCCUCCCGUUGAAGAUACCAUCACCUACGAAUUGAAACCGGCUCUGCAAAAAGCCUCCCUGCGGAAAAAGGAGAAGGUGGUGUGUGGCAACGAAACAUCUGGACUGUGUUCCAUAAUGUAAAGAUGCUGCCCUGGCAUCUAUGAUCCCCCAACUCACUCAUUGGAUGGUGGCCAUAAAUCCAAUGUUAUCACUUGUCAUUUACACCAUGACACCAUGUAGAAUUCCAAUUGUAUAUAUUUAUUAUUACCUGUUGUUAACACUGCAAAAAAAUAA